GGCGGGGUUUGACCGUCGCUCCUCCCUCAUCCCCCCAACAUCGUGUUUGGGGACAGGGUCGUGGCGUCAGUGCAGGUGGCCCAGAUCCAAAGGAUACUCCGGAAAGGCCCCGGGGUACCUGGGUCGGAUCCUGACCAAGGAGUCCCUGCUCCCCGGCCUCCCGCAGUCUACCUUAGCAAGAAGUUCAGGCCAAGUCCCUUCCGUCUGCCCCGGCCCGGGAACCCUGAAGUCUGCCCUGAUCUGAUCCCAAUGCAUCCCCACCUUGGUGGCCUCCUUUCUCCAGCUGCCCACCUGCCGCCAUGCAGACCCUACUGCCCCUGCGCCUGUGUCGGCUGUGGCCCCACAGCCCUCCUGUCCGGCUCCUGUCAGCAGCCACUGGGCACCGGUCUGGCCUGAGUAAUUAUUAUGAACUGUUGGGUGUGCAUCCUAGUGCCAGCAUGGAAGAAGUUAAACGAGCUUUCUUCAUUAAGUCUAAAGAGCUACACCCUGACAGAGACCCUGGGAACCCAACCCUGCAUAGCCGCUUUGUAGAGCUGAAUGAGGCUUAUCAUGUGCUCAGCCAUGAGCAGAGCCGCCGCAGCUAUGACAGCCAGCUACAUUCAGCCAGCCCCCCGAAACCACCAGGGACCACAGCCUACCCUAGAUCUGCCAGACAAACACACAGCAGCUCCUGGGCACCCCCCAAUGAACAAUACUGGGCCCAGUUUCAUGGUGUGAAGCCACAGGGGCCUGAAUCACAGCGGCAGCAGCGGAAACACAACCAGCGGAUGCUGGGGUACUGCCUCUUGCUCAUGCUUGCAGGCAUGGGCCUGCACUACAUUGCCUUCAGGAAGUUGGAGCAGUUGCAUCGCAGUUUCAUGGAUGAAAAGGACCGCAUCAUUACCGCCAUCUACAAUGACACACGGGCGCGGGCCAGGGCCAACAGAGCGAGGCUCCAGCAGGAGCAGCACCCGGGUCUGCAGCCAUCGCCCUCCAGGGCUUCCUCGGGCUCAAGGCUCGUGCCCCCUAGCGCUAGCCCCUGAAGGACUCUCUAGGCCCACAGGGCAUUCCCGCCUCUUGAGGCCCGGGCCUGCACGCUCCGCACAGCACACGCAAUAAAACGGUUCUCAGAGCUCCUGUGCCACUUGCUCUUUCAGACCCCGCGCUUGGACCCCCCCUGCGGCCUGGCUACCCUGGAGCCCAGCCCUCUGGGCGGUGCGUCCCCUUUCUGCUCCGCCCUGCCCCGCGCCUGGUGGGGAGCGCGUGUCUGGGUCACAUGAGCCGCCCGCCCGCCAGCCCGGGCCCGGCCCCCCGCUGUCCCGCCAUCCCGCCGUCCCCGC